AUGUUCCAGGAGCGUUACGCCAUAAAAGGAGUUUUCAAAAUCUCCGCUCUCAUUGUCCUCUCUUGUUUUAUAGAUACGGAGCAAGGUGCCCACGAACGCCGGCUCCUCGGCGAUCUUCUGGCCAACUACAACACGCUCGAGCGCCCGGUCUUCAACGAGUCCGAGCCGCUCAUCCUCAGCUUCGGUCUCACCUUGCAGCAGAUUAUCGACGUAGAUGAAAAGAAUCAACUAAUAAUUACAAAUAUCUGGUUAACCUUGGAUUGGAUUGACGUGAACCUCCGCUGGGAUCCAAAGCUCUACGGCGGAGUGCAGGAAGUGCGGAUCCCGCCGAGCAAAAUUUGGAAACCCGACGUGCUGAUGUACAACAGCGCGGACGAAAAAUUCGACGGGACGUAUCCUACAAACGUUGUUGUCCGCCACAACGGCAGCUGUAACUACAUCCCACCGGGUAUAUUUAAAAGCACGUGCAAGAUCGACAUCACUUGGUUCCCCUUUGACGACCAGAAGUGCGACCUCAAAUUCGGUUCGUGGACAUACAACGGCUACCAGUUGGACCUGCGAGUCAAAAGCGACGAGGGAGGAGACCUAUCCUCCUACAUCUCCAACGGCGAAUGGGACCUCAUUGCCGUGCCGGGUAUCCGUAACGAGAAAGAGUAUGCCUGCUGUCCGGAGCCGUACAUCGACAUCACGUACACGAUACACAUCCGGAGGCGGACUCUGUACUACGGCUUCAAUCUCAUCAUCCCCUGCGUGCUCAUCUCCUCCAUGACCCUCCUCGGGUUCACCCUGCCUCCCGACACUGGAGAGAGGCUCACCCUGGGUGUAACCAUUCUGCUGUCCUUGACGGUGUUCAUGCUGCAGCUUGCCGAGACCAUGCCUCCCACAUCGGACGCCGUGUCCAUUAUAGGGGUCACCAUUCUUCUGUCGUUGAUGGUCUUCGUGCUGAUCAUAUGCGACAAAACGCCAGUCACAUCAGACGUCCUGCCGCUCUUAGGAACUUAUUUCGCCUGCAUCAUGAUCAUGGUAGCGUUCUCUGUGGUCAUGACAGUGGUGGUGCUCAACUACCAUCAUCGAAAUCAAGAAACAACCGAAAUGCCUGCUGUGAUCAAGACAGUUUUCCUGGUUUGGCUUCCUUGGCUGCUACGUAUGGAGCCUCCCGGCCAGAAGCCAGGCCGUCGAAGCCUUUUCCUGAACAGCAAGAUGAAGGAGUUCGAGCUCAAGGAGAGGUCCUCGCGGAGCCUGCUGGCCAACGUGCUGGACAUCGACGACGACUUCCGCACGGCCAACAGCUCAUCGGCGGCCAUGUUGGGCGGCCACACCGACUGCCGCUCGGCGGCCGGCGCCCGCUCCUACCUCGGUCAGGACAUGGGGCCAGCCGGAGGAGCGUCCACAGUUCACGCCUGCGUCCACUCGUCCAGGGAGCUAAACUCGAUCCUGCGAGAACUGCGGUUCAUCACGAGCCGCAUGCGCAAAGACGAGGAAGAGAAGGAGAUCGUCGGCGAGUGGAAGUUCGCUGCUAUGGUCGUCGAUCGCGUGUGCCUCAUCGUGUUCUCGGGCUUCACCAUCAUCUCCACGUGCGCGUGCCUUUUCUCGGCACCGCACUUGGUCGCGUAGCUACCGCGGGAGCUGAAGGCGGCUCGUCGCAGCGUGUUCCUUCGCGGCCCGCGUCGCAGCGUCACCUUCCCUCCCCGCCCCUCUUUCUCUCUUCCAGACGUCGCUAGGGUUCAACGGUCUUCUGACAACAGCGGUCAGGA